GUGUGUUUGUGUGACGUGGUGCUAAAGAAGAAAUUCGAAAAGUGCCCAAAAUGUGCCUGAGUUGCACUAUUUUAGUGUAAACAGUGCAUCUGAGCACGAAAAAAGGCAGAGUGCGUCGGGCUGCCAUCAAACCCUCAAGUAGGUGCGCGUUUGUGAAAGCGGCCCUGAAAUCUUUCAGGGAGGGUGAAAUAUUUCACUUUUGAAAUAUUUCAAAAUUUGAAAUUUUUCAACAUUUCAAAAAUCCGUUCUCCAUCGGUUUUCUUGACGAACCUAAAACCGGGGGUCGGUUUCUGACGCCUCGUUGGCGAGAGUGCGGGCGUUAGGCAUAGUGCGUCGGGCUGCCAACAAACCCUCAAGUAGGUGCGCGCAACGUUGAAACCAACAUGUCGGGGCUGGGCGGUGAUGCCCAUCCCCAAGGGAGCUCGGGACGAGUACUUCGCCCGAGGGCUCGAUCGGUGUCCCUCAACCGGGUCGACGCAUUAAAAGUGUCUGACUCAACACCGGUGGAGCCACCACCCACCGCAGGCAUCGUCUACUUGAGUGAUGAUGAAGAAGAAGAAUUGAACUGCACGAUCCUCGCGGGCCCGUCGGGAUUAGCAGUUCCACCAAUGGGGAAGGUGCCAUUGGUAGUGCUGGACAAGUUGCCCAGCCAGAGUCAACAGCGCGAGGAGAUGACGGUACCGGCCACCUCAACACCAAAGGCUGGUAAGUGUUCUUCUGCUGAACCAUCUCUCUCAGAGAUGAACGAGAGCUUGAAGCUCCUGGCCAUGCAGGUUGCUCAGCUCUCAAAGGAGCUUAGCCUCUGCCGUAAGGAGCUCCAGGAAAGUUUGAUGAAAAAUGCGGCGCUUGAACGGGAGCUCGAAACGUACAGGAUGGGCGCCCGUUCGGUCAUCGAGCUGCAGCAGCAAGCAGCAGCAGCCCCAAUGAUGACAGCCCAGGGAGCCCACAGCUCUCGCAACCGUCGCGGUCGCCAAGGACCACAGCAGCAGGAGCAGCGGCAGCAGCAGCAACAGCAUCAGCAGCGGGAACAGCAGCAGCAGCAGCAGCAGCAGCAGCAGCAGCAGCAGCAGCAACAACAACAGCAGCAGCGGAACCAGCAGCGUGAAUGGCAGCAGCAGCAGCAGCAGCAGCAGCAUCAACAGCGAGAACAGCAGCAGCAGCAACGGGUGCAGCAACAGAAUCAGCAGCACCAACGUCAGCAGCAGCAGCAGCAGCAGCAGCGGCAACAGCAACAGCAGCAGGAGCAGCAAGAAUUAUGGACGACGGUAGUGCGCCGCCGUCAAAAUACACAGCAGCAGCAGCAGUCUAACCAACCGCAGCAACAACAACAGCAGACUGGGCGGUAUCAGCCGCCGCAAAUGAGGCAGCAGCUACAGCAGCAACAGCAGCAACGACAGCCACAGCGAUAUGUGGUCGCAGGCUCGUCGCAACAGCAGCAGCAGCAGCAUCAACAGCAGCAGCAGAAGCGUAAGCGUCCUAAGCCCGAACUGAUAGAGAUCUCUCCUGGUCAGAACGAGACUUUCGAGAGCGUCUCCUUGAAAAUCCGUAAAGCCGUUGACGAUAAUGGCACACAUAAGGAGUUAAAGGAUUUCAUCAUCAUGGGCCGGCGCACAGAUAAGGCGUUGCUACGACUGACGCUUGCUAGAUCCGCAAACGCGACCUUAAUUCUCCAGCAGAUCCGAACGAUCAUCGGCGAGGCUGGAACUUGUCGACACGUGACGGAAAUGGCGGCCUUGGUAGUAAACGACAUCGACCCCCUAGCCAAGGAGGAAGAGCUUACAGCUCUCCUUGAAAACAAGAUCGAGGGUGGGGCAGGCAUCGUCUCAACGAGCAUUAGGACAAUGCCGGAUGGCACCCAGCGGGCACGCGUCCGUCUGCCAGCCAAGGCCGCCAAAGCGCUGGAUGGUACGAAGCUUCGCUUGGGCUUCUGCAUUUCCAGAGUGAAGAUGGCUCCUCCAACACCCAAAGAGCAUCUUCGCUGCUACCGAUGCCUUGAGCACGGCCACAACGCCCGCGAUUGUCGGUCACCUGUAGACCGACAAAAUGUUUGCAUCCGUUGCGGACAGGAAGGUCACAAGGCUGGUACAUGCAUGGAAGAAAUACGCUGCGGCAAAUGCGAUGGCCCCCAUGUUAUCGGGGACCGGACAUGCGAUCGGUCGGCCACCCAAUGACGCAGCUAAAAGUCCUCCAAGUGAACCUGGGUGGAGGCAGGAUCGCCCAAGAUCUGGUCCUGCAAACCGCCCGACAAAUGGAAGUGGACGUGCUGGUUCUUUCCCACACGUAUCGACCACCCGAGAACAACCCAAGAUGGGCAGUUGAUGCCUCCAAAAAGGUGGCAGUCGUGGCCACAGGACGAUACCCUCUACAAGGACAAUGGAGCAGUGAUGUUCCAGGCCUUAUAGCUGCCAAGGUGGGUGGCAUCACCUUCCUAAGCUGCUACGCGCCACCCAGCCUGUCGCGGGAAGGAUUUGCGGAAUUCGUUGAAGCAAUUGAAUUGGAAGCCCAAUCCCACCCUCAGGUAGUAGUUGCCGGAGACUUUAACGCUUGGCAUGAGGAGUGGGGAAGCCAACGCAGCAAUGAGCGUGGGGAAGUACUGCUCGAGGCGUCCCAGCAAUUGGGCCUGCUGCUGAUGAAUCGAGGGAAUGUGGCAACCUUUGUUGGAAACGGUGUGGCGACUGCCAGCGUUGUCGACGUGACCUUCGCCAGCUCGUCCAUAGCUCAGCCGAGCACUUGGUUGGUAAGAAACACGGACACGCGAUCUGACCAUAGGUAUAUCACCUAUUCGGUAGGCCCAGCGUCAGCAGACCAGCAGCGUAACCAAGGACAGUCACGUCAACGGGGCCAGCGAGAGCGUUUUCAACAUGCAGGCACGCGAUUUAAGACGAAACAGUUCUCGAAAGAGAAUUUCCUGGCCACGCUACAUGGCGAGGGAUUCCGAGAGAAGGCAGUCAAUCACCAGGGAAUGAUCUCGGCAAUGAUAUCGGCCUGCGAGAAAACCAUGCAAAGGAUGACGUCGUCUUUCCCCGACCCUCAUCGGGACGUUUACUGGUGGACGCCACUGAUUGCUCUGCUUAGGCAAAACUGCGAGCAGACGAGAGAUCGCAUGCAGCAGACAAGUGAUCUCCAGAACCGAAGUCUGGCUGCAGCCCAAUACAGAACAGCUAAAGCUGAGCUGGAUAGAGCUAUACGUGCCAGCAAAAAGGCUGCCUUCCAGGAAUUGAUCGAUGCUGCGGAGGAAAACGUUUUCGGAGCCGGGUACUUAGUAGUCCUCUCCCGUCUUCGCGGUGGAAGGGCCCCACCCGAGACGGAGAGAGCGAGGCUUGAAAGCAUCGUUACAGAGCUUUUCCCGCAACAUCCGCCCUUCAACUGGCCCAGCAUC